AUGGAUCGUGCGCGCAUGGCCCCGCUCCUCCUCCUGCUGCUGCUUCCCUUCGCAGCAGCCGCCCCUACCGCUGCCCCCACGGGGAAGUCCCCCCCCGCAGCCGCAAAAGCACCCGCGCCCGCUCCGCCAGUAACUCCGCCGAAGACCCUCCCCGCGUGCCCGCUCACGGGGAAGCCCGCGACUAAGCCGACGAUUCCGCACUCGCGCUGCGUGGAGGCGCAGCAGCUGUCGUGCUGCGCGGACUGCGCGGAUCUUACGUUUCCGAUACAAGUGCUCGCGAUAGAUGUUGCUGCUGCCUUGGAGCCGGUGACGCAGGGUCUGGCGACUGCCCCGGCAGAUGUGUGCCAACUGUUUAAGGGCCACGAGGAGUGCGAGCAGCUGAUCGAGCAGCUCGUGUGCGCCGUCACGUGUAAUCCAGAUUCGGGAUAUUAUUUCAUUGACACGCCCACGGGUCCCUACAUGCAAGUGUGCAAGGCAUUCGCACAGCAGGUCUACGACAAGUGCUCUACACUUAAAGUUGGUGACAUAUCAGUGGACAUGGUAAUCUACAACCCCGAGCAGCUUAUAAAGCAAGCCAUCGUCCCCCUUGUUGCAGAGGCCGUUCCAGGCUUCACUGCUGGAGUCAGUGACGUGGGUUGUUAUGGUGGCCCCCAGGUCCUCCCCGCCACCCCCCUCUGCUGCGACCCUCUCGCCAUCCCCAAAACCUGCCCUGCUGGUUCGGUAAAUACCACCGGAGCUGAGAAGAUCCCGGGCCGGAAGCCCGACGCGAAGAUCUGCGCCAAGUACCCCUACAAGACCGGAACCAUCCCUUACAAGCGCCCCGCGCUGCCCCCAACCGCCUUCGACAAGCCUACCCUCCCGAAGCCUCCGUUGGCUCCGUCCUCCGCACCUGCACCAGCGCCAGGCUCGGACUCUUCUCCAGGCCCGGCAAUGGCGCCAUCGUCCGGAAGUACUGUUGAUGGGGGGUCUUCCCCCCCUACUGCGCCCCCACCAGCCCCCUCCACCCCAUCCCCCCCUACUGCGCCCCCACCAGCCCCCUCCACCCCAUCCCCCCCUUCUACCCCGUCCUCCCCAUCUACCCCGUCUUCCUCUACCCCGUCCUCCCCCUCUUCCCCGUCUUCCUCCACCCCGUCCUCCUCUAUCCCGUCCCCUCCACCUCCACCCCCUAAGGGCACUGGAAACGUGGCUGCAUCUGUAUUUGUGACUCUGACUGCUGCUGUGCUCGCUGCUCUGCUGUGA